CUCUGGUCCUCCCUGCCUGUCUCCUUAUAGGUGGGUCCUUCAGUCUCUCCUCUCCUCACACUCCAACCUGCUCAUCUCUCAUCUGGACAGUAAGGGUUGUUCACAUCACACACUGACAACAUGCUGGGGACACUCUGCACUCUCAUCACUGCUCUAACAUGUGUCAGGGGUGUGACUGUGGUGACACAGAAGCCUCCUGUUGUGACAGUGAGGAAAGGAGAGAUGGUCACUAUGGACUGUAAUCUGGGGACUGUUACUACUAGUGCUGCUCGUUGGUAUAAACAGGUUCCAGGAGGAGUUCCUCAGUUUAUUUUGUUUUUCUACCACACUAACAGUGCUCCUACCUAUGGUUCUGGUUUCUCCUCUCCUAAAUUCACAUCUAAUCAUCAGUCUACAUCAGAUUACCGUUUGAUUAUUAAUAAUGUGGAGGAGUCAGACUCAGCAGUGUAUUACUGUCAUACAUGGGACAGCUCUGCUAAAGAAGAAGUAUUCGGACAAGGAACCAAGCUCAUUGUCACUGACUCUACUCUCCCUCCACCUGUCUUGACCAUCCUCCCUCCAUCCAGUGAUGAGGUGAAGUCCAGUAAAGUCACCCUGGUGUGUCUGGCCAGUCAGAUGGCCAUGGGCUACGCUGAUGUCAGCUGGACCGCGGGUGGGAGUCCAGUCACCAGUAACAUCGUUACCAGUACUGCUGUACCACAAGAUGACAAGACGUUCCAACUCAGCAGCUAUUUGACCAUUGACACGUCAGAAUGGAACCAGGACAAAGAGUUCUCAUGUAAAGUCACUGUGGGUUCCAAGUCCACUGAGAAACGUAUCAAGAAAUCUGAAUGCAGCAAUGAAUAGUAGAAACCUGUAAAGUGAAAUGUUUUAUCUUGCACAUGCAAUAUUGUAUUUAAAGGAAGAUAAAUCCCUGUAUUCAUACAUAGAUCAUACAUAAUAGACACAGUAUAAUACAUGAAUAACAGAGAAUGUUUGAGCUUUGCAAUAUUGUUUAGAUAUUAAAUAAAGAGCAUAACAGAAAACAAAUGCUUGUAUUUCUGCAUGUUGAGGAACAUCACUGUUAGCAAUACUGAAAUAGGGUGAUUUUAGGAAAUAUGAAUUUAUCUGAUUUAAAUAGAGUACGCUACUCUGUGACGUUUUUCAGUUA